AUGGCAUUCAUGUCUGCUGCCUUCUGCUACAUGCCGGCGCUGCUGCUCACCGCCACACUCAUCUUCAUCGCCAUCUGGCACAUUAUAGCUUUUGACGAGCUGAAGACUGAUUACAAGAAUCCUAUAGACCAGUGUAAUACCCUCAGUCCUCUUGUACUUCCAGAGUACCUCAUCCAUGCCUUCUUCUGUGUCUUGUUUCUUUGUGCAAGAGAGUGGCUUUCCCUGGGUCUCAAUAUGCCCCUGUUGGUGUACCAUAUUUGGAGCAUGAUCUAUGUUUUGGUGAGCUCUUAG